AUGGGUAAUUUGUGUAAAAAAGAACAAAAUCCAAAUAGUUCUUAUAGAUCCUCUAUUUACUACGAACCAAGAAAAGGAAUCUGUAUAAAAGAGACAUUGAUUGAACGAUAUUUGUUUGAUCGACGCUAAAGUCUUUUAGUGCCAAGUUUGAGUAGAUUAAUAAUCAAAGAAGAACUUGGUUAAGAGACUGGUACACCUAAGCCAGAUGAAAGUUUUAUAAAAGGUAGUCAUUUUACAUCUUGUACUUCAAAUUUAAGAGAAAGUUCUAUAACAAAUAACACAAUCUAAUUGUUAAAUGUAAAUUCUCAAAGAUAUCUCCACUCUCAUAGAAUUCGAUAUCCUAAUUCUCGAUUGAAUGAAGUCAUAUGUUGUUAAGAUUGUGGUAAUGAUUAUGAUAAUUGGUCAGUCGAAAAUGUUGAUGAAUCUUUAGUUAAAGUACUCAUUUAGCUUUUAAAAUGAUAGUUAUAUCAUCCUCUUACUAAAUGCUACUUGAAAACUCAAUAAAAGAGUAGUAAUGGUUAAAUCGAUGUCGGAGGUGGUGAAAAUGGUGAUAUUUGGUAAAUUGAAAAAAUCAAUAACAAUAUAAGUAAAUUCUAUAAUUAUGACUUAGAAAUACGACACUUAGACACUGGAUAUUAUUUAUAAACUAAUCUCUACGAAUGCAAGCCUGAAGGUUAAUUCAUAGUUUCAUUACUCAAUAUUGAUUCUGGUAAACCUGAUGAUACUUGUACUCUUUGGAAAGUAAUUGAAAUUCAAUGA